UCUCUCUCUCUCUCUCUCUCUCUCUCUCUCUCUCACACACACACACACACACACUCUCCUUGCCUCCUCUCCGUCCUCUUCUCGAAUGCUGUCCCACUUGCAGAGAUAUGAUCUGUUACAAGCAGCAGCAGCAGCAGCAGCAGCAGCAGCAUCACCAAGAUCCCAGACCCCAUCUCUUUGCUGACUCCAGUGCCCAACUCUACAGGAGCAUCAGUGGGUGGCUACUCAACCGAGCCGACGCCAGGGGCUUAAUAGUACUAGAUGCAGCUGGAGGUGUGACACUAUCCGAGUCCUCGACACACUGAUUCACACAGUAUCAAGCCACUGCAUGGUGCUUGAGACAGAGGACUUGAUACAUCUGAUUUACCCCGCCUGUCAGACUUAACGUCUUUGGAGGCCUCCUCUGCCUUGCUAGUGAAGCUACAAGGCGGACUGAUCUCUGACUGAAUCAACAACAUUGCCCAAAGGGAUGACUGACAAUCAUCUUGAUCAGGACUAAGAGAGGAAGCAAUGGGCUGGACUAUGACUUUAAAGAAUGACUUUGGGGUCAUUGCCUGGGCACAUGGAAGUGGGAGCUACGUCCGUUUCUUCGUCCUCUUGUCGUUCUUGUUCAUCCAAGUCCAAUCAGAUAUUGUGUUUCAUAUGGAUCAUCAGUUCACAUGGAAAACAGCCCAGUGGAGUCAUUGUGUGGGUGAAGACUGUGGUUCCGGUGGAGUCCAGACCAGGAUAGUCUGGUGUGCGCACACAGAGGGCUGGACCACCCACCACUCUCACUGCAACCACAUCGACAAACCCGAGAGUCGGCGGCAUUGCUUUAAGGUGUGUGAUUGGCACCAGGACCUCUUUGAGUGGGAGCUGUCUGCCUGGGAGGGCUGUGUUCUUGUCCCUUUUUUUUCCAACGAACUCAAGCUGAUGACCACAGAGUGCAUUACAGCACAGCAUGGAAUCCAGAGACGCAAGGUGCAGUGUGUGCGCACUUCCAACCGCACUACAGUGACUUCAAGGAUAUGCGACUUCUUUUCCCAGAGACCACCAGUGGAACAGGCAUGUCUCGUCCCCUGCCCGCAGGACUGUGUUGUUUCGGACUUCACCUCAUGGUCAGGUUGCAGCAAGACAUGCGGCACUGGCCUGCAGCAUCGGACUCGACACGUUCUGACCGCGCCAAUGUACGGUGGCGCGAGCUGCCCCAAUCUGACCGAAACCAGGACUUGUUCUGGUCCCGUUGGCUGCCAGGCUGGGGAGGACGAGUAUCAAUAUAGCCUUAAAGUAGGAGCCUGGACCGAGUGUAGGCUCCCCCAUCACAAAGACAGCAUAUUAAACGGUCGGACCACUGUGGAUUUCAGCAGUAACAAACAGAACAAUACAAUCGUGUUACACAGACACGCCUCCUAUUACCAUCAACACCAUCAUGACCGUCAUCACGACCGCAAAUACCCUAUGUCAUGGGAGAUAGAGGUGGGAUACCAGACACGGCAAGUCCGCUGCACGCGGAGCGAUGGGAAGAACACAAUGCUGAGCCUCUGUACCACGUUCAACUCCCCCGUGACCUACCAGGCAUGUGUGAUGCCCAGAGACUGUCACACUUCUGAUUGGUUAUCGUGGAGUCCCUGCUCGAAGACCUGCCGGUCCACCGACCUGUCUCCCGGUUACCGUCUGCGGUCACGAGUCGUAACACAGAUCCCACUGAGUGGGGGGAAACAAUGUCCUGUCCUUGAGGAAAAAGAAGCUUGCAACAUCAUAGGGGAUUUACUUCCAAAUUGCCCAAGGUACGAGUGGCGGACAACUGAUUGGGAUGAAUGUCUGGUUUCCCCUUUACUGAGCAAGCUGGACCGGCGUCUGGCUAACAUCAGUAGUCUCUGCGGAGGGGGGGUGCAGACCAGAAAGACCUACUGUGUUCAAGUUCCUGAUGACUCAACUCCACAUCACAGGAAGGAGGUGGCCAGGCCUGUGACUCCAAGGCUGUGCGUGGGUCAAGAAGCGCCAUUGGCCGUCCAGAACUGCUCCAUUCCCUGCCAGCACCGCUGCCUGCUCUCGCACUGGUCACCCUGGGGCGCCUGCGUACAUGACCACUGCAAAGAUCCACAGGGAAAGAAAGGUUUCAUACAAAGAAGGAGAGAGGCGUUGUGGGCAUCCUGCAGUCCGCUGGAUUGCUGCCCUCAUCUGGUGGAGUCCAUCCCCUGCGAGGACCCUGCCUGCUACCUGUGGCAAGUUCAGCAAGGCAAAUGUAUGCCCAACAAAAGCACCUGUGGUCCCGGAACUGUGGUCCAAAGUGUGAAGUGUGUCAGUGCUGAAGGUGAGGAUGUUCCCAUGACUUACUGUGCAGAAGGGCUUCCACCGACCCAGGCGCCCUGCGAGGUGCCUUGUCCUGCAGACUGCGUUGUUAGCGCCUGGUCCUCCUGGUCGCCCUGCUCACACAGCUGUGCCUCUAAAACUGCAGAGGGCCGACAAAGUCGCACACGCACUGUGUUGGCCCUCCCAGGAAAAGAAGGUAAAGAAUGUCCAGGCGCGCCAGCUUUGGAGGAGUGGAGAGUUUGCAAUGACCAUCCUUGCCUGGUAUUCUAUUGGGAGGCUUCAACAUGGGGGCCCUGCCUUAACAAUACUUUGGAUCUCAAUGGAACAAACGUCUGGAAUAGCAUCGCUACCUGUGCUAUGGGAGUCCAAAUUCGUAAAGUCACAUGUAUGAAGAUGAAUGGUGGAUCGGUUGUGAGCAAAAGAUGCCCAGAUUCUGCUCGUCCGGAAACCGUCCGGCCCUGUGUUCUUCCCUGCAUGAAAGACUGCAUCGUGACACCCUUCAGCGAAUGGACGCCCUGCCCAUCAACCUGCAUGCCAGAGAAUACCACCUCUGCCACACAGUCUCGGUAUCGAACUAUCAUUCAAACGUCUGCCAAUGGAGGUCAAGAGUGCCCAGACACUCUUUAUGAAGAAAGGGAGUGUGAAUCACUCCCAACAUGUCCAAUUUACAGGUGGAGGAUACACAAGUGGCAUGCCUGUACCUUAGUCCCUGAUUCUGUCCAACGUAGCUUAUCUCGACCGGCAGAAACCUGUGGAAAUGGGUUAGAAACAAGAGGACUCAGUUGUGUCGGGGAGAACGACGAGGCGGCCAACCUGACCGAGUGCCUGCGGCGGGCUGGUCCUUUUCCUGCUCAGAGCCGAGCGUGUCGAGUGGCUUGCAGGGAUGACUGCACUCUCACGCCUUGGUCCAAGUUCUCUGAGUGCACAGGAUGUGGCAGCUUCCAAAGUCGCAAACGUUCGCUCACAGGUCGCAGUAAAAAGAAGGAACAAUGCCUGAAUCAGGCAUCAUACCCUCUGGAAGACAAACAGGCUUGUCCCUGCGAGGAGUACUUGUCCCAACCUUUCGGGAACUGGUCUGAUUGCGUCCUCCGGAAACCUUCGACUCUGGGGUUCUUGCACAGUUGGAUGAGCCACCAGGAAGUGAAGGAGUGUGGUCAAGGUCUGCGCUACAGAGCUGUGGCCUGCAUUGAUCAACAAGGACACCUGGUUGAGCCUACGCUGUGUACAGACACUGGCUACAUGGUGGAGGUGUGCCACAUCCCGUGCCCCCUAGACUGUAAGCUCAGUGAUUGGUCCGCGUGGUCGGCCUGCAGUUCAUCAUGUGGCGGCGGGCUGAAGGUCAGAUCCAAGUGGCUGAGGGAGAAGGCUUUUAACGGAGGCCGUCCAUGCCCCAAACUGGAUCUGAAGAACCAGGUAAAUGAAGCUGUGCCAUGUCAAAGUGAAUGCAGAAAAUACAAGUGGAGGAUUGAGCCUUGGUCCAUUUGCACAAUCAACACGGUGGGCGACUCGCCAUCCUGUGGGGAGGGAGUCCAAAGCCGCAAGAUCAGGUGUGUGAAGAAAGGACCAAGUGGGGAGGUCAGCACUGUGGAGGACAGUCACUGUGAUCAAGAGGAAAUGCCACCCAGGGCCCAGGUCUGCUUUCUGGCCUGCCACAACAACUGUGUCAUGUCAUCCUGGGAACCUUGGAGCAACUGCCCAAUGCAGUGUGACCGAGGCUCAGAGAGAAAUAGGAGCAGACAUAUCCUCCGCCUCCCUGCUGUGGGAAGCGCAGCCUGUUCAGAGCUGAUGCAGUCCGAAAGUUGUACCCUCAACACCACCUGCUUCACUUACCAUUAUAAACUCUCAGAAUGGAGUACAUGUCGGCUGAGUGAAAAUGCCAUCUGCGGUCAAGGUGCCAGGAAUCGACUUCUCGACUGCGUCCGCAGUGAUGGAAUGAUUGUCGACUUGCAAAAGUGUGAGCAGUCUGGGCUGGUCAAGGACUGGAGGCUGGUGGAGAACUGUGUGGUCGACUGUCCUGUUAGCUGUGUACUCUCUGAUUGGUCUCCAUGGGAACAAUGCUCGCAUACCGGUGGCAGCCAAGGACAGUCCGUGCGUACUCGGAGAAUCUUGCAGGAGGCUCAUGAGGAAGGUCGGCCUUGUCCCAACCAGCUCGUCCAGACAAAGCCAUGUCCCAUAAGUCCUUGCUACAUGUGGCUGCUCAGCGACUGGUCCCCCUGCACCAUAGAGGGUGCAGAGUGUGGCGAGGGGGUUCGAAGAAGAAACCUAUCGUGUAUCAUUCACAAGGGUGACUGGACCGAGUCUCCUCCUGCUCCAGUGGCAGAGAGAUUUUGUGGAGACAAAAUAAGGAAGGAAAUCCAAAAGGAUGUGGAGCAGCCGUGCUUUGUUCCCUGUCAAGGAGACUGCCAUUUGGCUGAGUGGUCAUCUUGGAGUUCUUGCCAACUGACUUGUGUGGAGGGGCGGAGCUUUGAAAGCACAGGACGUCAAUCCCGCUCCAGAGCGGUGAUCAUUCAAGUUAGUGAGAACCAGGACACCUGCCCACAGCAAGUAUUUGAGACGCAGCCAUGUAAAGGAGGCCAAUGCUACAGUUACCAGUGGAGGACAGGAAGAUGGAGCAAUAAUGAGAGAGCAGUGUGGUGUCAGCGCUCGGAUGGCGUCAUUGUCACAGGGGGAUGUUUCCCGCAGAAAAGGCCGAGCAUGAUCCGCCACUGCCAUCCACCGUGCACCAAGCCCUUCUCACACUGCACCUCGAGCGGUGUGUGUGGGUGUGAAAAGGGUUACACCGAAGUGAUGACAACACACGGCUUCUUGGACUACUGCACUCGAACCCCUGGCGUGGACGCCAAUAAGAAAGCUGAUGUAAAAACCAACUCCGGAAGAUUAAAACCAUCGCAGGCCCGAGACUGGCCCACAGAGUGGACCUUACGACCUGUUGGCUCAGAUGGAAGAGUAAAGCUGUGGGUUUACGCCGUGACUGCCGUCGGAUUCAUCUUAAUACUCUUCAUUAUUGCAUUCUCAUUCCUGGUCUGCAAACCUGCCAAAGCCACAAAGACGUCUCCUCCGUCACAGAAACCUUUGACGCUGGCCUACGAUGGUGACAUAGACAUGUAACCACGUUGGUAUUCUUCAUAAUGAUGCAAUCUUCUGCCUCUCGGCCUGACUGUCAACGUAUUCAGACGCCACAGGUGGUAUGAAUGAACGGACCAAGGUACUCUUCGAGAGUGGGGCACAAACAGUAUUUGCUGUUGAAUGACACACUUUCAGAUGCUAAAUUGCUCCUCGAAAGAAGAGCCCAAGACGCCAAACCGUUUUUUUUUUAUUUUUAAUCUGUUUGCAAUAUGGAGGCCACGUUGCAGCCUGGCUUGCAAACGUGAAAUCAUCAGAACUGCCAAAAGGUGAAGCUUUUUUAAAUUAUUAUUAUUAUUAUUGUGUGUGUGUGUGUACAAAAUCAGAAGGACCAAAUGGAGCUGCAGUUGUCCCUUGAGGGGCAUGUCCGCCAUUCACGACAUACAGAGGCUGAACAUGGAACACUUUUCUCAUUCUCGUUGGGUAUUUGUAAAGGAAAUGUCACAACUUUUUUGUGUAAACAGCCUUUUUUUCGGAGAAUAA